AUUCUGGGAUCGUCCUCCAUAAGCUUCUCUUUGGAAAAAAUGGCCCUCAACAUCAUGUUUCGUGCCGUAUUACACCGCUGCAGGUCUCUACCUAUAGCAGCAGUACAGAGGAAGCAUUAUUCAAUAUUACCAGCUAACAUGCAGCCAGGUGGUCUUUCACGAGAAGAGGAAGAAAAUGCUACAUCCAAAUUAUUUACAGAUGCUCUUAACAGUCCAGAGAUCGAUGGCUGGGACCUCAGGGGUAUUGGAAAUGACUUUGCGGGUGGUGAACUCAUCCCUGAUGCAGACAUCUGUAUAGCCUACAUCAAUGCCUGUAGGCGGGUGAACGAUUAUGCUCUUGGUGUUCGGUUCCUUGAAUUUACCAGGCACCGGCACAGUAUAAUAGACAAAAAAAUGAAUUCUUGGAAAGCACUUGUUGAAGAGAUAAAACCUGCACUGGAAGAGGUUGGCAUGGAUAUUCCAGAAGAACUGGGCUAUGACAAACCAGAAUUAGCAUUGAAAGAUGUAGAAUCAAAUGAUUAUUAUGCAUAAUUAAUAGUUGGUUGCAGUGUUCUACAGUAAUUUACAAGUAAAGGGACCCGUUUUGACAUCACAUUACAUCACACAUUUGUCAAAAAUGAAAUUAACUUUAAAAGAGAAAGGACUUCAGAGUUCUUAAACAAGACCCUAAAGAAAACUGUUUGUGUGUAAGGCUGAUUCACGAAGAAAUGAUUUAAAUUAUUUAUCUAGAGGACUUUCAUCUUUCAUUGUUUUAAAACCCGUUUUGUGGUGAAAAUAAAAUAUUACCAAAUGUC